AUGAGUCGUUUAAAUUUAAGAAAAAGAACUCGUAUAAGCUAUUACGAACCAGAAGAACCCAAUUUGGACGAAUAUGUUUUUUGCACAGAUUGUGGGGACUUUGUGUAUGAAUACUGUGCUAUACACAAGCCCCUAUUGGUAAUACCAGAUGACAAGGUACCAUCAAAGUCACCCUAUCCUCCCUCCGUACCCCGCUCCGCCCUCACCAUACCACGCGUGUUCCUGCACCUCGCACCUUCUGUUAUACCAGGGGCUGGCAUAGGCGUUUUUAGUACGUUGACUCUGCCCCGUGGUGUCAGAUUCGGACCUUACCGGGGCAAAAAGACGGACGCAGUGACGUCUAUGUACAGCUGGCAGAUACAUGACGGUAACAAUAGACGAUCACAUUUUGUGGACGCGGAAGACGCACACAACUCGAACUGGAUGCGCUUUGUGAACUGUUCGCGACAUUGGAACGAGCAAAAUCUAGUCGCUUAUCAGUAUAAAGGACAGCUUUAUUACAGGACAAUAAAAAUAAUCCCCAAAUUCACGGAGCUGAUGGUUUUCUACGGAAGUGAAUUUGCUAAUAUUCUCCAAAUUAACCUCAAGAAAUACAAUUCACCAGUAGGCUAUGCUCAAAAAUUAGGUGCACCAAUCCCUCAGAAAAGUAUAUUGGAAGAAAAGAACAGAAAUAAAAAUUUAAAUGUCGACAAAGAAAACGCCCUUAAAGAAACAAAGCCUCAAUUUUCCAUAAAGGAUGUCAAACUAAAUGAUCAUAUAAUUAACAAAAUUCAAAACAAUAAAUUCAUUUGUGACGUAUGUAGCUAUGAAACGACCAAGAUAAGUUAUUUAAUAACUCACUUACGUUUGCAUAAUGGUUUUCUAGGAAAGAUUUACGCUUGUAACUUUUGUAAGUAUAUUUCUUUUCAGAAAUAUUCAUUGAACUUACAUAUUAGAACUCACACAGGUGAAAAGCCAUAUGAAUGUCAUAGUUGUCACAAGAAAUUUAGUCGAAAAGCUCAUUUAGAAGUCCAUAUUAGAACUCACACAGGUGAAAAACCAUAUGAAUGUCAUAGUUGUCACAAGAAAUUUAGUCAAAAAGCUCAUUUAGAAGUCCAUAUUAGAACUCACACAGGUGAAAAACCAUAUGAAUGUCAUAGUUGUCACAAGAAAUUUAAUACAAAAACCCAAUUAAAUAUUCAUAUUAGAACUCACACAGGUGAAAAACCAUAUGAAUGUCAUAGUUGUCACAAGAAAUUUAAUACAAAAACCCAAUUAAAUAUUCAUAUUAGAACUCACACAGGUGAAAAACCAUAUGAAUGUCAUAGUUGUCACAAGAAAUUUAAUACAAAAACCCAAUUAAAUAUUCAUAUUAGAACUCACACAGGUGAAAAACCAUAUGAAUGUCAUAGUUGUCACAAGAAAUUUAGUCAAAUAACUUAUUUAAAACUCCAUAUUAGAACUCACACAGGUGAAAAACCAUAUGAAUGUCAUAGUUGUCACAAGAAAUUUAAUACAAAAACCAAAUUAAAUAUUCAUAUUAGAACUCACACAGGUGAAAAACCAUAUGAACGUCCUAUUAGUCAAAAGUAAU